GCAGUUAAAUUUUGACUGACCAAACCCCUCUUUGACAAACCGUAUUGGAGUUCGUUUGUAAAAUCCUCAAAACUCUUACACAUGAAACUGCUUAGUGAAACGCGUCAAAGGGCAAACAUUACCAUCAGUAGAGGUCGGAUUCAUUUUUGAAAUUAACGAAUGAACUUGAAACAUUGUGUGAGUUGUCAGAACAGAACAAUGUUUUGUCGGUUUAAAGGCAUAUUUUGAACAAAAACAUGUUACCUUCUCUAUUAUUAUGUAAUACCAAGCUGUUUGGACUUGGCUGAGAGGCAGUUGUUGGUUUGUGUACUCAUACAGACGGGCCUUUAGAGUUGAAAAGUCAGCCUUUUCCCACUGAAGUCUUGAACUCGAGAAUCAGCGUCUUGAUUCUUUCAUUCCUGCUCUUUAGAUCUCUGCUUUUCUAUAUAUACAUAGAAAUUUGAACCCAUUUUAUUCAAAUCAGUUGUUUCUCUCUUUUGUUCAACCUGAUUUUUCCAGAUUAUUGAUGAAAUGGCUGCAUUUAGAACUGCAAGCUUAUUGUAUUUCAAGAGUUCUUCAUCUUCACUGUCGUCUUUCUAUUCAACCAAUUGCAGUGAAGGAGUUUGUAAAGCUACAAUGAGUUCGAGUUCACCUAUGUUUCAAGCCACUGCUGUGUCUCUCCCUAAGUUGCAAAGCAGAGGCUUGGUUGAGAAAUUGGAAAUGGGAAAUGGGUUUAAGAUUCCAACUUUUACUGAUGCAGUUGCUGAUACACGUUUAAACAGUGGUGUUGCGAGUCGCUCGGAUCCUGUCAUGACUGCGAAGUUGUAUGCUGUUAUGGAGGCCAUAGCUGAUCGAGUGGAAAUGCAUCGAAAUGUUGGGGAGCAACGUGACAAUUGGAACCGACUCUUACUAACUUCCUUGAAUGCAAUUACUCUUGGAGCUGCAACGAUGGUCGGAUUGGCAGCUGCAGCCAUGACCGGUGCACCAAUCACGGCACUAAAGAUGUCAUCGAUGUUGCUGUAUUUAGCAGCCACUGGAAUUUCGGUGGUGAUGAACAAGUUGCAACCAUCCCAACUAGCUGAAGAACAGAGAAACGCUGCAAGAUUGUUCCAGCAGCUUCAUUGUCAGCUUCAAUCCAAACUCUCUGUGGGAGAUCUUAACAACAACCAAGUAGAGGAAACAAUGGAGAAAGUUUUGGCUUUGGAUAGAGCAUACCCUCUUCCUUUAUUAGGAUCCAUGAUUGAAAAAUUUCCCACCACCGUGGAGCCUGCAACUUGGUGGCCUCAACAAAAGCAAAUGCAUAGACAUAAAGAAGCAAGUACAAAACUCAAUGAAAAUGGCUGGGGUAGAAUCCUAGAAGAAGAAAUGAGAGAAAUUGUUCGGGUACUAAAGAGAGAAGAUCUGCAAGAAUACUUGAGAUUGAGCCAAAAGGCCCUGAAAAUCAACAAGAUUCUAGCAGUUUCCGGUCCAUUGUUAACCUUGGUUGGAGCAAUUGGGUCUGCUUUUGUAGGCUCUUGUUCAGGGGCUUGGCCUGCUUUGCUAGGAGCUGUUGCAGGAUCUAUGGCGAGUGUUGUGAAUACAAUGGAACAUGGUGGACAAGUUGGAAUGGUGUUUGAAAUGUACAGGAGCAACGCAGGUUUCUUUAAGCUCAUGGAAGAAACAAUCGAAUCAAAUGUAAAUUCGAGAGACGUUGGGAAAGGGGAGAAUGGAGAAGUGUUUGAAAUGAAGGUCGCUUUACAAUUGGGGAGGAGUUUAUCAGAACUCAGGCAAUUGGCUUUAUCAAACUCCAGAGAGGAAUUGGGAGAGUUCGCAAGCAAGCUUUUCUAAGUUCCUGUAUUUCAAGUUGACUUGUAAAUCAAGAUGACACAAAUAUAUUAUUUGAUUCAUUUGUUUUCUAUCUCCAUCUCCAAAUAUACAGCCACUCUGUAUAUAUUUAAAUCAGCAGAGAUACUAAAAAAGCAACUAUACAAGCUGUGUCUAUAAAAGAUGAAACAGUAGCAAGCAUUUACAAUCUUGGGUUUUUCCCUUUUGCAGGGAAGCUCUAACCGCAUUUAACACUUCCAUAAAUCCAUGAACAUAAACUAAAGUUAAAGGUUCGAUUGAAACAAAAGAUGGCUCAUGUGUAUAAACAUCGAAGGCAACCGAACAAAGCCACCAAA